AUGGCUGAAUGCAUUCGUACUUUUGUUAACCGGGAAAAUGUGAAGAAGUUUGCUACUUGCUUGUCAUAUUUCUAUGUCACAACUUUGAGAAUAUCUGGCUCUUUGCUUGUCACAUCUAACAUGCAUUUUCAAGAGAUUGUUGACCUUUCUAUCAUGUUGGAUGAAAUGCUUGUUAGUGAUGACCAACAGAUUAUUCUAAUGGGCAGCCAAAUGAGGGAAAAAUUUAACAAAUAUUGGGGUGAUCCCCAGAAGAUGAAUAAUCUGAUUUUUUUUGCACAUGUUUUUGAUCCUACCAGUAAAAUAAAACAUUUGUUGUAUACUUUGAAAGCUCUAUUUGGUCCUGAGAAAGGUAUUAAAUUAUUUGACACUGUGAAUGAUAAGCUAACAAUCCUGUUUGUUGAGUAUGAAAAGGCUGAUGUACGGGUAAUUGAUUCUAGGGGUCUCUGUACUUUUCAGGAAUUGCAAAAUGAGGUUGUUUCUGCUCAAACACCAAUCCUGCCACCACCUACAAAAAGACAUAUGUCCCUUAUGAAGGCUAAAUUUGAUGAGCAGAACAAGGGUGAUAAUUCUGGUAGUAGGAAAUCUGAGAUGGAAUUGUACCUGAGUGAGGCUACGGUUGAGAAUGAUGAUGAUUUCAAUAUUUUGAAGUGGCGGAAGCUAAACUCAGAGCGAUUUCCAAUCCUUUCGAGGAUGGCUCGAGAUAUUCUUGUUGUCCCUAUCUAUAUUGUUGCAUCUGAAUGA